UGGAACCUCGCUUUCCCCAGGAAAAAUUGAACAUGCUGAAUGAGUGAAUAUGGGAGAACGCCUUCCCACAGGUUUCUUGCGGUCCAAGUUGGCCACCUACUCGCAGCUUGCUUUCUAGACCUUUUCGUAUUUUUUAACGCGUCGCCCUUGUGUUAAAGUAAGCUGCUGCUCCAGAGAUCUGGGAAACGCUCACCAUUAUUCAACAUUAAACAAAUAAGAAACUACAUUUCGUUCUUAAACAGUUCAAUAGGUGAUAGCUUCUAAAUUUUACUAGCAUCCUAAAGCUGUUGGGACUUCUACACUCUCGAUAUGGCAUUGGCUAGAAUAGCUAGGAGUGGCUUAAGAAGGUCAGGAGGUAGCAUCGGCGGUUACCAACUUCAGAAUUAUACGCUCUGCGAGGGAGUAUCCACAUAUAACUCCUUACCUUCUUUUGAAAAUGUAUCACCUCAUGGCAACGUAUCAUACUUACCCAACAUUAGGAUGGCAAGUUCCUUGGGGUAUUGGAGCAGAGGAGUAAGGACAACCCCACAUUUUCAAUUUCAAAAUGCAGAGAGAAUUGUGGAGGAGUCUGAAUCAGAAUAUGAGGAACAACCAAGGUAUGGAGGACUAGAAGCGACGAAGCCAGGUGAAAAGCCAAGGGUGGUUGUCCUUGGUACAGGAUGGGGUGCAUGCCGGUUCCUUAAAGGACUUGAUACCAAAAUUUAUGAUGUUGUUUGCAUAUCUCCAAGGAAUCACAUGGUCUUCACUCCUUUGCUUGCUUCAACUUGUGUUGGAACCCUGGAAUUUCGCUCUGUAGCUGAGCCAGUUAGUCGGAUACAGACUUCAUUGGGGACACAACCCAAUUCAUACUUUUAUCUGGCUUCCUGCACUGGCAUCGACACUGACAAACAUGAAGUUUACUGUGAGACUGUCAGCAAUGGAGGAUCAUCUCAUGAGCCUCACUACUUUAAAGUUGCAUAUGACAAACUUGUAAUUGCUGCUGGAGCUGAACCUUUAACUUUCGGCAUCAAGGGGGUGAAGGAAAACGCAUUUUUCCUUCGUGAAGUACAUCAUGCCCAACAAAUAAGGAGGAAGCUUCUCUUGAACCUCAUGCUUUCGCAAAAUCCAGGCAUAUCAGAAGAAGAGAAGAAUCGCCUUUUACACUGUGUUGUCAUUGGUGGUGGCCCAACAGGGGUAGAGUUUAGUGGUGAAUUGAGUGAUUUCAUCAUGAAAGAUGUCCAGGAGCAGUAUGCUCACGUCAAAAGUUAUAUCAAAGUUACCCUCAUUGAGGCAAAUGAAAUUUUAUCAUCCUUUGAUAUCAGCCUGCGGCAGUAUGCAACAAAUCACUUUUAUAAGUCUGGUGUUUGCCUCGUGAAAGGUGUUGUAAAAGAGGUGCAUCCCGAAAAGAUAGUUCUAAAUGAUGGGACUGUUGUUCCAUACGGCCUCCUGGUCUGGUCUACAGGUGUUGGUCCCUCUGAGUUUGUGAAAUCGCUAAAUCUUCCCAAGUCACCUGGUGGGAGAAUUGGUGUCGAUGAAUGGUUGAGAGUGCCAUCUGUGCAAGAUGUAUUUGCACUUGGAGAUUGUGCUGGUUUUCUGGAACAGACAGGGAGGCCAGUGCUUCCAGCUCUAGCACAGGUUGCUGAAAGGCAAGGCAAAUAUUUGAUGGAAUUAUUUAACAAGAUAGGAAAGCAAAAUGAGGGCAAGGCAUUGAGUGCGCAGAACAUUCCUCUGGGGGACCCUUUUGUGUACAAGCACCUUGGAAGCAUGGCAUCGGUUGGCCGCUACAAAGCCUUGGUGGAUCUACGCCAAUCAAAGGAUGCAAAAGGCAUAUCACUUGCAGGAUUUGUGAGCUGGUUUAUUUGGCGCUCUGCAUAUCUGACACGGGUUGUCAGUUGGAGGAACAGGUUUUAUGUUGCAGUUAACUGGGCAACAACUCUAGUUUUCGGCAGAGAUAACUCUAGGAUCGGAUAAGUUGAAACCAAGAUCUACAUGUCAUCUGAAAAUUGCUUUCCUUUGGGCACAUUAGUUAGCUCUUCAUAGCUUUAUUUUUGUAUAGGACAAUUAUAUACUUAUUGGUGGGUCUUGGAAAGUAAUUUUUUGUGUAAGCAAGGAUCUGGAACGGUUCUGAAUAAAGACUCCUUUCUUUAUAUUCCAAAAA